CGCGCCCUAACUGUCAGCUGACUGCACACGGCCGCAGCUAUGGGCGCGCUGCACGUACUGAAAGUUGGGACGCUGUUGUUAACGGUUACUGUCUGCAACGGCUGGCUUUUUGACGGUUUCGGAACGCGGAGGCGCAGCGAGUCGGACGAAGUGGCUCUUUGGCCGCUGCCGCAGAAGUUUCAGACGUCCGGGGAUGCUUUCAGACUGAACGCGGCAAGCUUUCAAAUCGUUCAUGCCAAAGAGUCGACGGCCGGGCCGAGCUGCAGCCUCCUACAAAACGCCUUUCGCAGGUACUACAUUUACAUAUUUGGAAAUGGGAGGAAGCAUGGGCAGAACCUAGACAACGUAUUUAACUCUGAUCUGGCGGAGCUUCAGGUGCAGAUCACGUCUGCAGACCCCGAGUGCGAUGGCUACCCCAGUCUAAAAUCAGAUGAGUCAUACCAACUCGAAGUAAACCAACCCGCGGCUGUUCUUAAGGCGGCAAGUGUAUGGGGAGCAUUGCGAGGACUUGAAACCUUCAGUCAACUGGUGUAUGAAGAUGACUAUGGAGGCCAAAACAUCAAUAAGACAAGUAUCUCGGACUUUCCUCGGUUUGCCCAUCGAGGCAUCUUGCUGGACUCAUCUAGACACUACCUGCCACUCAAAGUCAUUUUGGCCAAUCUGGAAGCCAUGGCGAUGAACAAGUUCAACGUUUUCCACUGGCACAUUGUGGACGAUCACUCUUUCCCCUUUCAAAGUCGCACUUUCCCUGACCUCAGUCACAAGGGAGCCUACCACCCUUACACGCAUGUGUACACCCCCGCUGAUGUGAAGAUGGUCAUUGAGUUUGCUCGCAUGAGGGGCAUUCGUGUCCUUGCUGAGUUUGACACUCCUGGACACACCCUCUCAUGGGGCAAAGGUCAGACGGAUCUUCUGACCCCAUGCUUCUCUGGCAGCAGUCCCUCAGGAACUUUCGGCCCUGUAAACCCCAUUCUGAACUCCACCUAUGACUUCAUGACCCGCUUUUUCAAAGAGGUCAGCACUGUUUUCCCUGAUGCAUACAUCCACCUGGGGGGAGACGAAGUGGACUUCACUUGCUGGAAGUCAAACCCUGACAUUCAGAAGUUCAUGGAAAAGCAAGGCUUUGGCCAGGACUACAAAAAACUUGAAUCCUACUAUAUCCAACGGCUUCUUGACAUUGUGAGUACCACCAAUAAAGGCUACAUGGUGUGGCAGGAGGUCUUUGACAAUGGAGUUAAGCUGAAAGCAGACACGCAGCUCCACGUGUGGAAGGAGAAGCCACCGUACCACGAUGAAAUGGCACGGAUAACAGCGGCUGGGUUCCAAACCCUUCUCUCCUCUCCCUGGUACCUAAACCGCAUCAGCUAUGGCCAAGACUGGCUGGGCAUUUACAAGGCUGACCCUCAGAACUUCAAUGGCACAGCAGAGCAGAAGAAGCUUGUGAUUGGUGGAGAGGCUUGUCUUUGGGGGGAGUAUGUGGAUGCCACCAACCUCACCCCCCGUCUCUGGCCUCGAGCCAGUGCGGUAGCAGAGAGGCUAUGGAGUGAUGAGAAUGUGAAAGACAUCGGCAACGCCUAUGAUCGUCUGGUGAAACACCGCUGCCGCAUGGUCAGGAGAGGUAUACCUGCAGAACCUCUGUAUGUGGGCUUUUGUCCUCAUGAGUACAGUGGCAACUGAGUUCAAAGUGGGACCAUUUUUACUUGAAUGAUCAACAUUCAUUCCUAUCAGCUGUGUGCACUGAGACAGUUUAGUUGAUUUUUGCUGUGAACUUUCACGAUAAGAAAGAUGUAUGUAUCCUGAUAAUGCAGCACUUUGCUUUUGGUUUGAAUUUUUUUUUGGUUCAAAAAUGGUGUAUGAGGGACCACCCUAAAAGUACAUUUUAGUAAAGAGAAAUUUUCAGCUGUUGAUUUUUAAGGACUGUUGGUUUAGUACAGUUGUAUGUUGAGAUACUGUUAUGCUGUAUCUAUUCCACACAAAAGAAACCUCAACUUCUGGGCUUAUGUUAGACAUCUGUCAAUCAGGUUUUAAGUAGAGAUCUCUUUUGCAUCAGUAAUUUAUAAUGACAAUUUUCUGAUCCACUUGUUUUGAUGUGUAACUCUACAUUGCUGUGAUAACAUGAGAAAUUAGUGAAUAAAAGGGAACUUCAUCUCAAUAAA